AUCCAAUAUCACCUGCGUGCCUAGGUGCUUGGGUGACCGUACCGUUGAUCGAUUGAGCUGCUGGGUGCUGAGGCAGGCUGAGAUGCGAAACAAAAACCCCGCCAUUGAACCUCCAACACGGCGGCGGUCCAUUCGCCCAUUCACCCACCGUCUCUAUCUCUCUAUCUAUCUGUCUCCCCGUGCGUGCCAGAAGCACUGACGACAUUGCCCUUUCAACAUUUCCCACGCACCGCAAACAUACACAGCACACACUCUCACCACUCUGCCACCCCAUCUCGCACUGGAUCACACCCCCCUCCCCACCCAGAUCCCAGAUUGUCGGCUCCACAUCCCUCGCCGAGUCUGAACAAGAUCGCCCCUUCACGUGAGCUGAUGCUACACUACUGCUAGCGGUCGGGCGAGCCUUGGAACCCAACCGAACCCGUGCGGCGGCAGUGGCAGAGCAGAGCCGGUGGCUGUGGGACAGGACACACACGGCCUGAUAGAGCCGGCCAGAGAGGCAGGACAGACCAGCCCAGGGUAGGGGGUGGAGUCCUGGGCGGUUGCGUGGGGACUGCAACUGCAUCUGCGCCCGCACUCGCUCCCAGUCGGGCACGACCAGUCUGGCUGUACUCCGUACUAGCCAAAUCUUCACCAACCCGCGAGACCUCCCCGUGGACCACGACAACAACCUCCCUCUCUCCCUCGUGUCGCGUGGGGCGACACGAUCAAUCUGCCCGUCAACCUCUUGAUCCCUCCACCCGCCCGAUAAAGACCACCAUCUCACCAACCCACCCAGCUCUCCCAGCCGGCGACGGGCCACCUCGCUCUCCGCUCUCUGCUCUCCGCUCUCCGUCCUCUGCUAGGCCACCACAUCCCUUUCCACUCCCGAUCUUGCUCUUCUCUGCACUGCGCGCCUGCUCGCGCAGCACAACACCGCCGCCAUGGCCGACGAAGACAAGAUAAUGGAGGUCUACAAGAAGAUCGAGCGUGAGAAGUCGCUGAUCCAGGCCGCAAACCUCAUGCGACAGCAGACAAACAACGACACUGUCCGCUCAAAGCUCGACACCCAGAUGCGCGAGGGCAAGAGGAAUCUCGAGUUCUUCGAGGAGAAGCUUAAGGAGCUUCAGCUGCGCCGGGGCAUGCAGGGCAUGGACUUGGGCCCCGGAAGCUCCAGCUCACGACCCCAUGGCACGCGCGCCGACUCGGAUGCCCCUCCCACCCCUCCGCCCAAGGAUGCAUCCGGUCAUGCAACUUCUGGCGGCGAGACCCAGUUCAGUCAGAUCGGCGGCCACAGCGACUUGAUGCCUCCCCGUCAUCCAUUUGCACCACCCGGCCCCGGGUCUUCGGGCCCCAAACCUCGCCCCAACUUCACCAAGCUUGACCUGAUCAAAUAUGACACGCCCUACCUUGGGCCCCGCAUCCAGCUCAUGCUAUCUCAGAUCCAGUUCAAACUGAAUGUCGAGGAGCAGUACCUGAAGGGCGUCGAGAAGAUGGUGCAGUUGUACCAGAUGGAAGGCGACAAGAAGAGCCGAGCCGAUGCCGCAGCCAGGAAAGUCGAGAGCAAGCAAAAGAUAACCCUCCUCAAGCAGGCUCUGAAGCGGUAUGAAGAGCUGCACAUCGACACCGACAGCGCUGAAAACUCGGACGAUGACAGUAUCAAUAUGCCAAACUUGCGGAAACCAUUGUCCGGUCAGCUCACCAUCAGGGUCGUUGCCGUGAAGGAUGUAGACCACGCCCCAACCGGACGCUUCGCUCGAACCCCUGAUACCUUUGUCGCCGUCAAGGUAGAGGACGCGGUCGUGGCACGAACGAGGGCUACCCGAAAUGACCGAUGGGAGGCCGAGUACCACAACAUCGACGUGGACAAGGCAAACGAGAUCGAAUUGACGGUGUACGACAAGCCUGGGGAGCACGCCCUCCCCAUCGGCUUGCUCUGGGUCAGGAUUUCCGACAUCGCGGAAGAGCUGCGUAGAAAGAGGAUUGAGGCGGAGAUCAACAACUCAGGAUGGGUGUCGGCCGAUAGGAUGGCUAACUCCAAGCCUCCGUCGCAAUUCCCAAUGAAUCCACAGCAACCGCAGCCUCAAUUCGGCCCUCCUCCGACCUCACCUGGAUAUCAAAGUGCGCAGGCCACCUACCCGCCACCGCAAGCUCCGGCACAAGCGGUGAACCAGCCCAUCGAUGGGUGGUUCAACCUGGAGCCCACCGGCCAGAUCCUGUUGAACUUCAACUUCAUCAAGCAGACCAGCAACACACACAAGUUCGAUGUCGGUCUUGGUCGAAAGGGUGCCGUCCGUCAGCGCAAGGAGGAGGUUCACGAGAUGUACGGACACAAGUUUGUGUCGCGGCAGUUCUACAACAUCAUGCGUUGCGCCUUCUGCGCCGACUUCCUCAAGUACUCGGCGGGCAUGCAGUGCGAGGACUGCAAGUACACUUGCCACACGAAAUGUUACACUAAUGUUGUAACCAAGUGCAUCAGCAAAUCGAACGCAGAGACCGACCCCGAGGAAGAGAAGAUCAACCACAGGAUUCCCCACAGAUUCCAGGGCUUCUCGAAUCUUACUGCCAACUGGUGCUGCCACUGUGGCUACCUACUGCCUUUUGGAAGGAAGAACUGCAGGAAAUGUUCAGAAUGCGCUCUCACUGCUCACGCGCAAUGUGUGCAUUUGGUACCGGACUUCUGUGGCAUGUCCAUGACCACUGCAAACCAGAUUCUUGAGGGCAUGAGGUCCCAGAAGCAACGCCAAUCUCAGAGGCCAUCGAUGAGCGAGAGGACACUGCGUUCCGGCACAACCAGCCCUGGGGCCUCGCAAGCUUCGACACUUUAUGACCGCACGAGUGGGGGCUCGUUCAACGCAGUUUCUCCUGAGGCUGCAGAGGCUGCCAGGAGAACUUAUGGCCAGCCCUCACCGGACCGGCCUGGAAACAGCCGUAUGUCGAGCUCAACGGAUGCCGCCGCUGCGGCAACAAUGGCUAUGAGCGGAGCAGUUGGGACCCAGUCCCCGCGGCCGCAGCAAGGCGGGCAGCAGGACUACAUGGCUCGUCAGGAUAGUUACGGGCAGCCCCAGUCAGGGCAGGAGGAUCCGUAUGCUUCUCAGCAGCAUGGCAGUCCCACGCAGGGUCGCAGAUACAACCCAGCCGAUUACGCCAAUGUCAACCAGUACGCUCAGCAGCCUCCCGUGCAGCAGCAGCGACCACCCGUCCAAGCCCAACCGCAGCAGCCUUAUCAGCAGCCAAUCGCUGCGCCCAAGCCCCAGCCGGAACCCAUUGCGCCCUCGCCGACCUCCACAGCCUCCUCGGGCCCGCUCAAGAAGCCCCUCCCGUCGGCUACCGACCCUGGUACCGGUAUGCGUAUUGGGUUGGAUCAUUUCAACUUCCUUGCGGUUCUUGGAAAAGGUAACUUCGGAAAGGUCAUGCUUGCGGAGACAAAGAGAUCAAGGAAGCUUUACGCUAUCAAGGUGCUCAAGAAGGAAUUUAUCAUCGAAAAUGACGAAGUCGAAAGCAUUCGAUCCGAAAAGCGGGUCUUCUUGAUUGCUAACCGCGAACGACAUCCGUUCUUGACCAACCUCCACGCCUGUUUCCAGACAGAGACAAGAGUUUACUUCGUGAUGGAGUACAUCAGCGGUGGUGAUCUGAUGCUCCAUAUCCAGCGCGGGCAGUUUGGAACCAAGCGUGCUCAGUUCUAUGCUGCUGAGGUCUGCUUGGCUCUCAAAUAUUUCCACGAAAACGGUGUUGUUUAUCGAGACCUGAAGCUUGACAACAUUCUCCUCACUCUUGACGGUCACAUCAAGAUUGCCGACUACGGUCUCUGCAAAGAAGACAUGUGGUUCGGCUCCACGACGAGCACGUUCUGUGGCACGCCCGAGUUCAUGGCACCCGAGAUUCUUUUGGACAAGAAGUACGGACGCGCCGUGGACUGGUGGGCCUUUGGUGUUCUUAUCUACCAGAUGCUCCUGCAACAAUCUCCUUUCCGUGGUGAAGACGAGGACGAAAUCUACGACGCCAUCUUGGCAGAUGAGCCUCUCUACCCUAUUCACAUGCCUAGGGACUCGGUGUCGAUCCUACAGAAGCUGCUCAUCCGUGAGCCUGACCAGCGACUGGGAAGCGGGCCCACCGAUGCGCAGGAGGUCAUGAGCCAGCCUUUCUUCCGGAACAUUAACUGGGACGACAUCUACCACAAGCGCGUCGCGCCUCCUUUCCUGCCUCAAAUCAAGAGCGCAACUGAUACUAGCAACUUCGACUCCGAGUUCACGAGUGUUACUCCGGUUCUCACCCCAGUCCAAUCAGUGUUGUCACAAGCCAUGCAAGAAGAGUUCCGUGGCUUCUCCUACACCGCCGAUUUUGAGUAGACGAGGAAGCAUAAUGACCAAUGUAAUUGGUACCCGUGUGCGAACGAUCAUGGUUGCAAUUGACUUUGGCGGGGCCCUUGGUUGGCAUGUAGCCGCGCUUGCCAGAAUGUGCGGGCCACGAAAGGCUGGUUUUAUAUAUUGAGGGCUAAUAAUACUUGGGCGAGGCCAAGCGCAGGGUGUUCUCAUGCGCACGCAAGUGCUCAAAGGCCACGCCCCUCGACGCUGGAGCAUACGACGCAUCGGCAGCGCAUGGGACUGGAUGUUAGAUACUGUAGAAAUGAUGGCCACGUAUUUGACGAUGAGUUCCUUGAGCGGGCGACGGCUAGACAGCCUACUUUAAUAGAGAGAGCAUGGAAACAAAGAGGAGAUGCCCCAAACAGACUGGGUAUCAUUGCACCCAGCGCCUCGUGAACAACACUGGCCAGCUUGGAGGCGCCUUUUACACUUGGUCGCCCAGCCUGCCUUCUAUUGGUAUCGAACAGUGUCCCGAUGCAUGGCUUUGAAUGUAGAGAGACGAGACCAGGCGUACACACAAGACCAGUCCUUGCAUCAACCCCAGUGCUCGAAUGCGCCAGCCCGUGUACAUAUCUACACGAGACAACAGUGGACGGCGAGUCACCCGUGUCUCUAUACAAUGAUUUUACAGACCUUGUCCUUGCUCUUUUUCCCAACUGUUGGGUGCAGACUUCAGCGCUGGCGGGCCAACAGCGCGGCGACGCCGGCCACGGCCACGGCGCCCGUCACGGCACCCUCUAGAGCAAUGAGGGAGACAUCCCUCAUGCGCAAGUCUAUCAUCCUGUCGCUAUACAGGUCCUCGAGCGCGGGCCGCCACAGGCUGGGGUCCGACAGGAACUCCUUCCACGAUAGCACCGGCGGGCUCGGCACGGUCGGGGUGUCGGCAUCUGGCAGCGAUGCCAGGGGCGCAGCCUCGACGCCGACGCCCUCGACGACGGCGGCGGCAGCAGCAGCAGCUGUUGCGGCGGCGUCGGCCUCCUCCCUCCUGGUCAGGGCGCCCCUGACCUCCUCGAGCUCCCGGCGGACGGCGUCGAGGGCGGCCUUCUCCUCGGCGGCGAUGCCCUUCAUGAGCCUCUUCCGCUUCCAGGGCUCGGCGACGAACUGCAGGACGAUAAACAGCAGGAUGUUGACGCCCAUGAGCCCCCAGGUGCCCCAGGUGGACUGGCGGCGGAUGCGGUCGCUCCAGAUCUGCUCCUCGUGGUAGCGGCGCAGGAUGCCGCUGUUGAGGGCCUGGCUGAGGCGGGCCUCGUCGGCCUCUGCGUCGGUGAGGGCGGUGGAGGCCUCGGCGACCUCGGCCUCGAGCUCGUGGUCCUGGCGGUACAUGGUGGUGAAGCGCUCGAGGUCGGGCGGGGCCCAGGUGUCCUUGCGGGCCAGCAGGGUGGUGACCUCGCGCUGGGUGGAGGCGCGGCGGGCGUUGACGGCCUUGUAGUGCUGGCGCGCGCGCUUCAGGUCGGCCUGGGCGCGGGCCAGGUCGGCCUCGAGGGCGGCGUUGGAGGCCUUGAUGGCCUCGAUGGCGCUGUAGCCCGUCAGGUCGCUGAGGGUCUGCGAGGCGACCAGCACGCGGGACUGCAGGUUGUCCAUGACGUGGGAGAACUGCUGGGAGGCGGCGGAGCGGCGGGAGUCGGCCUGCGAGGGGAGCUCGGGGCCUGGUCUCGAGGCGCCUGUCUGUGUGGCAGGGGACGAGCCUCCUGGCGGCGGUGUCUGGCUCGUGGAGUAGAGGCGCAGUCGGCUUUGCGGCCUACAUGGUGUGUGCAGGGAGAGCAGCUGCCGUCGAGGGCUGCGGCUGGCGGUCAGGGCUCGGGUGGUGGAGGCGGAUAUCGAGGCGGAUAUCGACAGCGAGGCGGUCGAGGCUGGUGCUGAUGGGCCAGUGAGCUGCUUGAGGAGGAAGGUGGUCGACCCGGGCCGCAACAAGGGCCGAGCAGCAGCUACAUGGCCCGUCAUUGCCAAUUGGGGUGCAGGGCAGUCGCAGCGGGACGAGAGGCAGCGGGCUGUCAACUGUCAACCGUUUAAUGACCGAGGGGCGGGUGUGGUCGGCCCCCUUUGGACGCCGCACUUUUUAUUUCAAUGCCAC